UGGCUGAUGCUCAGGAGUGUGCGCCUUGGCGACCGGUUUCCUCCAGAACCGCGGCCGCGGCUGUGUUUGGCCUGGGCUCGCGCUUUCAACCCGGCUGCUAUGGCUGCGAUAAAAGCGGCAAACUCCAAGGCUGAGGUGGCGCGGGCCCAGGCGGCUUUGGCUGUCAAUAUAUGCGCCGCCCGGGGGCUGCAGAAUGUGCUGCGGACCAACUUGGGUCCUAAGGGCACCAUGAAAAUGCUUGUUUCUGGUGCAGGUGAUAUCAAACUCACCAAAGAUGGCAAUGUGCUACUCCAUGAAAUGCAAAUUCAACACCCAACAGCUUCCUUGAUAGCAAAAGUAGCAACAGCUCAGGAUGAUAUUACAGGAGAUGGCACUACUUCAAAUGUUCUAAUUAUUGGAGAGUUACUAAAACAAGCCGAUCUUUACAUUUCUGAGGGCCUGCACCCUAGAAUAAUAGCUGAAGGAUUUGAAGCAGCAAAGAUGAAAGCACUUGAAGUUUUGGAAGAAGUUAAAAUUGAAAAAGAGAUGAAAAGAGAAAUCCUCUUAGAUGUGGCUAGAACAUCUCUACGAACUAAAGUUCAUGUUGAACUGGCUGAUGUGCUAACAGAGGCUGUGGUGGAUUCUGUUUUGGCUAUUAGAAGACCAGGUUUUCCUAUUGAUCUUUUCAUGGUAGAAAUCAUGGAGAUGAAGCAUAAAUCCGAAACAGAUACAAAAUUGGUCAGAGGAUUAGUUUUGGAUCAUGGUGCCCGUCAUCCAGAUAUGAAGAAACAAGUAGAAGAUGCAUUUAUACUUACUUGCAAUGUGUCACUAGAAUAUGAAAAGACAGAGGUGAGCUCUGGUUUCUUUUAUAAGACUGCAGAAGAGAAAGAGAAGUUGGUAAAAGCUGAAAGAAAAUUUAUUGAAGAUCGAGUACAAAAGAUAAUAGACCUGAAAGACAAAGUCUGUGCUCAUUCUAAUAAAGGGUUUGUUGUCAUUAAUCAGAAGGGAAUUGAUCCAUUUUCCUUAGAUGCUCUUGCAAAACAUGGCAUAGUGGCUCUUCGCAGAGCAAAAAGAAGAAAUAUGGAAAGACUCUCUCUUGCUUGUGGUGGAGUGGCUGUGAAUAGUCUUGAAGAUCUCAGUGUAGAUUUCUUGGGAUAUGCUGGUCUUGUACAUGAGUACACAUUAGGUGAAGAAAAAUUCACUUUUGUUGAGAACUGUAUUAACCCUCGAGCUGUCACCUUGUUAGUUAAGGGGCCAAAUAAGCAUACUCUCACUCAAAUCAAGGAUGCUGUAAGGGAUGGACUUCGUGCCAUCAAAAAUGCCAUUGAAGAUGGCUGUGUGGUUCCAGGUGCAGGUGCAGUUGAAGUGGCGAUAGCUGAAGCUCUUGUUACCUACAAGCACAGUAUACAAGGAAGAGCCCGUCUUGGAGUCCAAGCUUUUGCUGAUGCUUUACUUAUUAUUCCUAAGGUUCUUGCUCAGAAUUCUGGUUAUGACCCGCAAGAAACGCUAGUAAAAGUUCAGGCUGUGCAUUCAGAAUCAAAACAACCUGUUGGCAUAGAUUUGAAUACAGGUGAACCAAUGAUAGCAGCAGAUGCAGGAGUUUGGGAUAAUUAUUGUGUGAAAAAACAACUUCUUCACUCUUGCACAGUGAUUGCCACCAACAUUCUCCUGGUUGAUGAAAUUAUGCGAGCUGGUAUGUCUUCUCUCAAGGGGUGAUUGAGUUCAAAAUCUGGAAGCUGAAAUAUAUAGCACAUCUUAUAUCUAGCUAUCAUUAUAAAGCCCAGACCAUUGUUAAUUUUUACAUAAUAAAUAAUUUA